GCUAGCAGUUUGUACAGUUUGACACAAUUGGAUGGGAAAACACACAGCUGUGUGAAAAGCACCACUGAAGACCCUCCCGGGAUGAUGAAUGGACUAUGUCAAACCUUCCACACUGCAUAGUAAGACAAAAAGUAUUAAUAGCAAGGCUUGGCAAGACAUUUUUUCAGCAUUAAGAGAAGUAUUUGAUUAUUAAUAAAUCCACAUAAACUGAAGCCUGGAAAGAUUCAAGGGUUGCAAAAGAGAUAACUGCAUUACGUGACCACCAGUCAAGUCUGAAGUGAGGAACAGGCUCACAAACCUCUUAAUCAUCAUCAGAGAUCACCGAUCAUAUACCUCGGGUUGUUCUGGAAAGAACAGGACAUGGCAAAAAGUCAUUGAUCAGUUCGGAAAUCAAGGGAAUCCAGACCUGAGGGCUAUUUUAUGCUUUCUAAACGGAUGUGUCUGUUUUGGUGACAGGACUAGCAUGAUUCUCUCUGAACAGGAUCCUCUUCUAUAGCAAAUUAGGAAUGUUUUGGAGAUUAUAUUUGAGUGCAGAUGCUCAUGUCCAAGGAAAAGUGAGCAUAUACCUGUUUUUAGGCAUGACCCCAGUGGAGUACUGACCCUUGUACAUCCUGUCAAGUGGUGGUUGUGACUAGGCGGGGAUGUGGGCUAUGAGACACUCAGUGUCGGGGGUUCCAGCCCCAGCUGGUAAGGAAUGGUGCUUUGAGUUCCCAGUGGGGGUGGACUGCAGUGACCCUGAGCCACGCUGUAUAUGGCUGGCGGCUUUGAGGAACUUAAAUGUCCAACAGAGUCAUGUACAUUUCAUCAAGAGGAACAUGCUGCACUGGCAUCUGCAUACGGCAAAAGGGCCAAGAGAUGGAGCUCUGUUGUCCAAUGAGAAUGCACGUCCAGUGUCCAGGGAAGGUGUGGCGUGGAAGGGCCCUCGUACAGUGGUCCUGCAGAAGAACUCUCAGGGCUUUGGGUUUACAUUGCGGCAUUUCAUAGUGUACCCACCAGAAUCUGCCCUCCACACCUCUGUGAAGGAUGUAGAGAACGGCAAUGGAAAAGGGAAUCAUAAGGGUCGCCUGGAGCCAAUGGAUACUAUUUUUGUGAAGAGCGUUAAAGAGAUGGGUCCUGCCCACCAGGCUGGGCUCUGCACAGGAGACCGACUAGUAAAAGUAAAUGGAGAGAGUAUUCUGGGGAAAACCUACUCUCAGGUUAUAGCACUAAUCCAAAACAGUAAGAGUGUGCUGGAGCUUUCCAUUAUGCCUAAAGAUGAGGAUGUACUCCAGUUGGUAAGUGCAUACUCUCAAGAUGCUUAUCUGAAAGGGAAUCUACCAUACAGCGGAGGGGCUCAAAACCUUCCAGAGCCUCCUCCAAUCUUCUACCCUCGCAGCAAACCCACCUCCUCCGGUAUGCCUGGCAACCUGAACUGCAGGCGUGGGUCAGCUGGUCUCAUAGACAGCCGCUCCAUGGGUGACAGUACUGGGGGUACAGGCCAACGCUUAGAUGUCCCAAGCCGCCAUACACUUCGUAACCAGCGUGCUCGCUCCUCAACCAUAGCCAUCAGCCCUCUGGAUUUUCACUUUGCCAACCACAGUGCGGCCAUCACCUCAGCCUCACUGCCCUACCAACGGAAGGGCAGCCUUCCACUGUCGCAGAGUGAGCUGUGUCACCAGGCCCUGGCUAAAUGGUACCACAGCCAGACAGAGCGCCCAGGCAUGUCCCACCACCACCGCAGCAUCUCUCAGGACACACUGCUAUGCCACUAUGGGACAGCCAUGGGAGUCAACCAGUCCCCUUACAUAGACUCGUGUUGGAUGGGUAGAUGGGGUAUGACUGGGGCGCAUCAAUCAAACCUCUCCUGCUCAGAAAAUCUACUGCCUGCUUAUGCUGAAUACGAUAGCCAUGGGCGCUCGCUAGAGAAAUUGGACAAGGCCGUUGCAUUGGUUUCACCUCGUUUUGAGAAGUUGGCUUGUGCCCCACAGAGCGGUCAGCCAGUCAGAAAAGAAGAGCAGCCCUGCCUGACCAAUCAACAUGCAGUAAUUUGUGCAGAUGUGCCACCCCUGGGCCGGGGAUUCAGCCAUGCCCAGGAUCAGACAGGCUCUCAUUCUUAUCAUUCAGCCCAGCCCAGAUGUUUGCCCACACAGACAGUAGAUGACCAGAUGGUGGGCUACCGCAGCUAUAGUCCCUCUUUCUGUCGCAAAGCAGGCCACCUCAUGCAGCAGGCUCACUCUUUUAAAGAUUCCUCCUACACUGGUCCUCACCUCAGCUGGACCACGCCUAAAACUAGUCCCCCAGAUAGUGCACCGUCUUCAGGCAGAGAUUCGUCCCCUCUGUCCAUGUCUUCCACUGCUGAGACGCAGAACUCUGCAAAGGAAAGCUCAGAUAGUGGACCAACAGUGGAGGAGCCUGUUCAUGCACAGAUGCAAGAGGUAGUCCUCAGACAAAAGCCUCCCUAUGCCAAAUGUACCCCCCACGCAAUGCGCCACCCAAACUAUGCUGUGCCUGUGGAUCUACUCGAACCUCCUGUUGCCUCGGCUCCUGCGCGGUCCAAUGGUAACCUGCAAACCCUGCCUGUGGAGCAGGACUCCCUGGCUUCCAUUCCCUUUAUAGAUGAGCCCACCAGCCCCAGUGUAGACCUGCUUGCCCAGCACGUGCCCGCCUCCUCUGUGGUGUCCAGCAGCCUAUGCCAGGCACCUAUCCUGUCCAGCAGCCCUGUCCCUCCCCCCCUUACCUCCCCUCUCACCCAUCUCCUCGACACAGACUGCAGCACUGUCAAGAACAGCCGUCGCUCUUCCUACCUGCUGGCCAUCACAACUGAGCGCUCCAAGUCUUGUGAUGAGGGUCUGAACACAUUCAGAGAUGAAGGCCGUGUGUUUAUGAGAUUACCAAAAAGAGUCAAAAGCUUUUUUACAGAGGGUUCCCUCGAGAGUCUGCGAGUGGCAGAGGAAGCGCGCUCCAAACGCCACUCCACCUCUGAGCUUGGCAACAUCACACUAACGGAUAUCAGAAAAGAGGGCUGGCUGCACUACAAACAGAUCCUUACAGAGAAGGGCAAGAAAGUUGGUGGUGGUAUGAGGCCAUGGAAACGGGUCUUCUCUGUGCUGCGCUCCCAUUCACUCUUUAUGUACAAGGACAAGCGUGAGGCAGUGCUCCAUGGAGCUGGGUCAUUAGGCCAUGGUGGUGGUGGUGGUGGUGGUGGUGAGGAUGAGCAGCCCAUCAGUAUCCGUGGCUGCUUGAUUGACAUAGCUUACAGCGAGACGAAGCGGAAACACACACUACGACUCACCACACAGGACUUCUGUGAGUACUUGCUCCAGGCAGAGGACCGGGACGACAUGUUGAGCUGGAUCCGCAUCAUCCGUGAGAACAGCAAGACUGACAACGAGGAGCUUGGUUUUUCCAGACAGGCCCUCAUCAGUAAGAAACUAAAUGAUUACAGGAAACAAAGCCUAACAGGUACUAAGCCAGACACUUCUCCCAGAGUCCACAGGAUGAUGCAACCGUUUCUCCUCUCAAAGACGGACAGCAGCUCAGGAGUGAACCGAUCCCUAAAGACAGAGAGCAAAGAGGAGAGCAGUCCCCCUAAGGCUACAUGGAGUAUCAACAUUAUGAAAAAAGGAAAGAAAGCAGGUCCUAAGGCCUUUGGGGUUAGACUUGAGGACUGCCCUCCGGGAGCCAAUAAUAAGUUUGUGCCUCUGAUAGUGGAAACCUGCUGCAACCUGGUGGAAGAGAUGGGUUUGGAAUAUACAGGGAUCUACAGAGUGCCAGGGAACAAUGCCAUGGUGUCCACCCUACAGGACCAACUCAACAAGGGCAUGGAGAUCAACACUGCUGAAGAGAGAUGGCAGGACCUGAAUGUAAUCAGCAGUCUCCUUAAGUCUUUCUUUAGGAAGCUUCCAGAACCUCUUUUCACUGAUGACAAAUACAAUGAUUUCAUCUAUGCCAAUCGAUUAGAGGACGCUGGAGACCGGUUGAAGACAAUGAGAAAACUGAUCCGUGACUUGCCUGAUCAUUGCUACCACACACUUAAAUUUUUGAUCAGCCAUCUUAAGCGAGUGGCUGAUCACUCAGCGAAGAAUAAGAUGGAGCCCAGAAACCUUGCUCUUGUGUUUGGUCCCACGCUUGUGCGUACCUCAGAGGACAAUAUGACGGACAUGGUCACUCACAUGCCUGACCGCUAUAAGAUUGUGGAGACUCUCAUUUUGCAUCAUGCCUGGUUCUUCACUGACGAGCUGAUGGAUAAAGAUGAGAAGACCCCUGAAGACCAACGGGACGAGCAGCCCAUUCCAAAUAUCGACCACCUCCUCUCCAACAUUGGUCGAACAGCGCCACUGGGGGACGCCUCAGAUUCCACUAACAGCGAUUCAGCUAAAUCCAAGGGAUCUACGAUUUCAAAGAAAGAUGUGAGCGCCAAGGAUUUCCUUCCCCUGUCCAUCAUAUCUGCCGUGACCCGGAAGAGGAAGAAGCAUCGGAGUGCCUGCCCUACAGACAGCAGUAGCGAUGAGGACUCCGAGCACGAGCCUGUGAAAGCCAGUAACUAUGGAGAGCUGAGCGAGAAUGUGGGGAAUGAGACGGAUGGAGGUCAUGAGGAGAGUAAGAUAGGGUGUGCGGCGCAAAGCACAGGAAGUCAGACGACAGAAGUAGAUGAAAAGGAUGUAGAAGGAAAACGGAUGAUGGAAGCACACGAGGGAGGAGAACAGGAGGUAGAAGGGAGGGAGAGUACAGGUAGCCAGCAAGAGGACGAUGGUAUACGAGUGGAUGUCAGCGUGAGGGCACAGUUAGGGCAAGAGCAGCCACAGCGGCCUCGCAGCUUCCUCUAUUCCCACCAGAAUUCUCCAGCGCAGAGCGUCACAGACCAGUCAACCAGCUCUCCCUCAUCCCCCUGCACCAGCGAUGCCCACAGACUCAGCCAGGUCAACUCAGCAAGCCGUAAGAAGCUGCGUGGGGAGAGGGCACGCCCUCGAUCUUUAUAUGAGGAACCAGGUCUGGAGCGGGCUGUGGGUCUUGCCCGAGUCAAAGCCUCACUUGUGCGCGGCCAAGAGAGGCUGCGUCAGGCCAUGUCCCCCAGCAGAGACCCCUCUGUCCAGCCGAGUUGGCUGAGUCAGGUACAUGCCAACUUCCUUUCCUCUGCCAACGACUUGUGGAGGUCAGGGACUCAGCGGCGACAUGCUUCCCCAGAGACGCGCCGCAGACGGAGAGACUGGAGACGCCAUACGGUGGUGGGGAAUAGUGGGGAAAGCUAAACAAGGACAUCUAAACACCCUGAAUCCUAAUGCAUUAACAUAUUGAAGGCAAAUAAAGCACACUACUCAAAUAUCACGUGUGAAGGCAGAAGGUUCAAGUCUUAAAAAUGAAGGAAAGCUUGGCUAGAGAUGAAUCCAUUUCGGUUAUUAAUUGCAUAUUUGCACCAUGCCGAAAGCAAGUGUUUCAUUCACGUACCAUUUAUGCAAUAAAGGCUUUCGGCAUUCUGCACCGGUGCAAUAAAUAACUCGAGGAGGGCACUUCAGCUGAAAGAGCAGGAUCCUCACUGCACAUCCGCAAGACUUUGCACUGCACCUUAUCAGCAACACCAAACACAAAAUGGCUCCCGACUUCAGGUGCAAUUAGAGAGCUGUGGAGUAGCCAUAACAGUCAGUACACAUGCUGCCACUCAUAAUUCAUCAUUCACACACCAUGUACAUGCGUUGCUAAAAAGGGUCUGGGUAUUUCACAAACGUGUCUUGUUCUCCUGCACCCCCCCCAAAUAAACACGGUCUUCCCUUGUACGACUGGAAAUGACAGUAUUACUUACACACGGAGCGGUUGUGGCAAAAACAGCUGAAAGCAGCUGCACUGAAAUAUGACAUAACCUUACCUUCAGCUCUGGUGUGCCAAUCAAUCUCAUUCUUUCUCUUCUGUGUUUUGCCCUACAACACUUGUUCUCCUCUGGUGGCUUUGAGAAGCCGCCAUGACAGUUUUCUUUUUUAAUUCUAUUUGACCAGUUAUUACUGCCAACCUCAUGUCAUGUAUGAGCUAACAUGUCUGUCCUGUGCGUUAUAUUGUCUUUGUCCUGUGCGUGUACAUUUAUACACUAUGUGGGUGAUCACGUGGACCAAUAUAUAUAUUUUUUUGUAACAGUUGUACAAAGCUUUCAAAGUUAACCUCUGUGUACAAACGACACAUGGUUGUUCUGAAUUGUCCAUUCUUUUUUUUUUUUUAAACUGUUACAUAAAAGAUGUCUUAUUUCUAUGUAUGUAUUCAUUUCAAAGGGAGAACAUCAGGGAGAUGAAAGAAAAUACAUGAUGAAGACAGA